CGCCGCGGCGGGGCUGAGCCGCCGGGCCGGGCCGGGCCGGGGCCGGGACCGGGAUGGACGGCCCGAGCGGGGGCUGCACGCCCCCCGCCGCCCCGUCGCGGGCGAAGCUGCCUCUCGGCAUCGUCUUCUCGACGGCGCUUUUCUGCGGGGAGGGGGCAGCGGCCGCCGUCCUCUGCCUCUCCUACAGCCACUCCGAGGACCGCUUCUGGCUGGCGCUCACCGUUUUCUUCGUGCUCUGCCCCUCCGUCCUGGUGCAGCUCACCCUCAUCUUCGUUCACCGCGACCUCAGUCGCGACCGACCCCUCGUUCUGCUAAUGCACCUACUGCAGCUCGGGCCCAUCAUCAGGUGCAUGGAGGCCCUGGUGGUGUACUGCUUGUCAGGGAAGGAGGAAGAGCCUUAUGUCACCAUCACUCGCAAGCGUCGGCUGCGAAAUGGCUACGAGGUGGAGAUGGAGCAGGAGGUGGGGCACUCGGUGCGCCGGCUGGCCACGCACCGCAACGCCUUCAAGCGCAUGGCGGUCAUCCAGGCCUUCCUGGGCUCCAUCCCACAGCUCACCGUCCAGCUCUACAUCAGCAUCCUGGAGAAGUAUGUCCCUGCUGCCCGAGCUGUCCUGAUGGGCAUUUGCCUGGUGUCAGUCACCUAUGGAGCGCUCGUCUGCAACAUCCUGGCCAUCCAGGUCAAGUACGAUGACUACAAGGUCCAGCUGCGGCCACUGGCCUUCCUCUGCAUCGUCCUGUGGCGCAGCCUGGAGAUCUCCACCCGUGUGGCUGUCCUUGUGCUCUUCAGCACUGUCUUCAAGCACUGGAUCAUCCUCAUUGCCCUCGUCAACCUGCUGGUAGUCUUCUUCUUGCCCUGGGUGCAGUUCUGGCGGAGUGGCACCCGCCUGCCUGACAACAUUGAGAAGAACUUCAGUCGGGUGGGCACAGUGGUGGUGCUCUGUGCCUUCACCCUCCUCUAUGCCAGCAUCAACAUGUUCUGCUGGUCAGCUGUGCAGCUCAAGCUGGCUGACCGGGACCUCAUUGACAAGUCACAGAACUGGGGCCGCCUGGCCUUGUACUACGUGGCCCGGCUGGCAGAGAACACAGCCCUCGUCAUCCUCUGGUACUUCUUCAAGACAGAUGUCUAUGAGAAUGUCUGCACCCCUCUGCUGGUGGUGCAGCUGCUCCUGGGCUACUGCCUGGGCAUCUACUUCAUGCUCCUGUUCUUCCAGUACCUGCACCCCUGCCGCCAGCUCUUCCGACACAACGUUGCUGACUUCCUGCACUGUGUCUGCUGCCGCCAGCACACGCCAGGGACCCCUCUGCGCCUCCAGCCACCCCACGAGCCUGGUGUGAGGCACAGCAUUGUCUGAAGCAUGGCCAGCACCCAGCUCCUCCAGCUGACUGUGGAUGUGGGGAUGGUAGUGCCAGUCAGUGCUGGCAGCCAGAGAGGGAUUGUGGCACAAGCAGUGCCAGAGGCAGGUACUGCCUGGUCCUGGUCAUUCCUAUGGUGGCAAGGGGCAGGAGCGUCCCCAUUUACUCAGGACAGAGUACAUGGCCAAAGGACUUGGUUGGACUUGAUAACCUUAAAGGUCUUCUUCAACCUAUUUUAUUUUACAAUUCAGUGACAUUUGGGGUACCCAAACUGCCUGCUGCCCAAGCCAGGUGCCGUGCAGCGCACAGCCCCUGGGGUGCCCCAAGGUCCCCCUCACCUGCCCAUUGCAGUGCACACAGUGAC